AUGUCCUGGAAGCUCACCAAAAAACUGAAGGAGACGCACCUUGCACCCUUGACACAAGGUUUCGGUCGGUCGUCGUCUACCUCAACAAUCAAGGGCGACUCAAAUGGCGGUGGUGAUGAAACCCCGGUGGCCACACAGGCCCCGAGCAUCCCCCCGACCCCUUCAUCAAAUGGCAUCGGUAAGGAACACCGGAAAGUUGGAUGGAAGUAUUUUCCGAGAUCAAUGCUAAUUCAUCCGGUUCAUACUCUCCAGUCGCCUCGGAGUCCCUCGUUUCCCCCCCCUGUGGCUCAAGUGAACCCAGGUAUCCUCAUCGUCACCCUCCAUGAAGGCCGAGGAUUGGCUUUGUCCCCUCAAUUCCAGCAGAUCUUUAACUCUCAUUUCCAAAACAAUUCCUACGCUCCCUCGUCACUGCGCCCUAACACCUCCUCUUCGUCACAUUCGUCGCAUGGACAAUCCGGUUCCUACGUGCAGAAUGCCCGACCGCAGUCCACUAGUGGGGGUAUCAAUGCCGCACCCACCAUUCACGGCCGCUACUCGACCAAGUAUCUCCCGUACGCUCUACUUGAUUUUGAAAAGAACCAGGUCUUCGUCGAUGCCGUGUCUGGUAACCCGGAGGCCCCUCUGUGGGCAGGAGACAGUACGGCCUUCAAGUUCGACGUUUCCCGGAAAACUGAGUUGAACGUGCAGCUGUAUCUACGCAACCCUGCGGCCCGCGCUGGUGUCGGUCGCAGCGAGGACAUCUUCUUAGGCGCCGUGAAGUCGGACGCCCGUGAUACGGACAACUUCGAUGAGGAAUUCACAUCGGAGAAACCACAAGAUUCUUAUGUCGAUGGGCCAGCCCUGUCACAGACCGUGCAGGAACAGUUCCUUGGAUGGUCCUACAACCGUCCUAUCGCCGGUCUCGGUGACGCCGGCGGCAGUGUCAAAGACCCAUCAUUUGGCAGCAUCCCCGAGUAA